AUGUCGAGUGAAGGUGAGCAGCGUGGCACUAGUGCUGGGUUUGACGGCGCUGACGGGCACUCAGCAAAGGAACAGAGCGGCGGCCACGAUAACCGUGUGCUCGGCGGAUACAAGGCGACUCUGCGCAGUGACCGCACGUCCACAGAGGCGAAGAAACAUGCCAAGGAAGUCCUCGAGGCAGCGGGGUACUCUGUUGAGAACCCUGGCGUGCCGGAGGAUGAGCAUCAAAGGCGUGUCAUUGCCGGGUACAAGGCUGCUUUGCAUAACCCACGUGUAUCCGAGGCUGCGAAGAAGCAUGCUGAGGAGUACCUGAAAGAGCACGGCGCACUUUGA